CGACAGUAUAAUAACUUCGAUCGUGACAACGCACCGAUUGAUAAAGAAAUAUCGAUAAAGAAAGUUAGGCAGAAUUUUGAUAAUGGUUUCAACGUGCCUUACCUUAUAAAGCACGAACACCUGUACAGGUAAGUCAUUUAUAAAGCAAUCGUCGACGUGUAAUUAAUUUAUUGCCCGGGAUUUUGCAUGGUGUAAAGAAUCGGCUGGCUGUGAUCCAUUUAUCAUCAAGGAUGGCCAAAGCAUUAUUGCUUCUCUGCUUGACGAUCUGUCAAGCGAAUUCUCUAUUCGGGGACGCGGUCGAUCCUCGAGCGGACGAUGAGCCAAGUUACAGGCUUCCAACCGACGUCGUACCAUCGUCGUACAUAUUAAAUUUGGAACCGAAUUUGAAUAACUUCACGUUCACCGGCAAUGUGGCGAUCACGAUCGAAGUAAAGACAGAUGUUAAGAGUAUAAUAUUGAAUCAAAAGAAUCUCAAAAUCAAUAAAGUAGAGCUGAAAAAUUCAAAGAUGGGUAUAGAAGUGAAAGAACCUGAGCUCGUGGAGAAGCAAGAACUUUUAAUCAUAAGACCUCAGAAGGAGAGCAUUGGCAACGGGAUCUAUACCCUUACGAUAAAUUAUUCUGGCGAAUUGAACGAUCAGAAGAGAGGAUUUUAUAGGAGUAGAUACAUCGACGAGAACAAGUAUAUAAAAUACGUUGCCGCGACCCACUUCGAGCCAACAGGCGCUCGAUUAGCGUUCCCUUGUUGGGACGAGCCUGCUUUCAAGGCGACUUUCGACAUCUCUAUAACCCACUCGAAAUUGUACAACGCGAUCUCGAAUGCCAAAAAAAAUAGUACCAAAUUGAUUGAAAAUAACGAAAAGAUCGUAACUAAGUUCGAGACAACACCGAAGAUGUCCACUUACUUGGUGGCAUUUGUGGUCUCUGACUAUAAUUCGAGCGAAAAAAUCGAGAACAAUAUCCAAUUCAAAGUUUGGACGAAACCGCACGCCGUGGAACAGACGAAAUAUGCUUUGAACGUGAGCGUGUAUCUGUUGAAGAAAUUGGACGAAUAUACGAAAAUCUCGUACGGUAACGAGAUCGCAAAAAUGGACCAAGUGUCGCUGAAAGAUUUCGCGGCAGGCGCCAUGGAAAAUUGGGGUCUCGUUACUUACAGGGAGAGCUCUCUUCUCGUCGAGAACAAUGUGACGACAGAUCGUUCGAUUCAAGGCGUAACCACGACCAUAGCCCACGAAUUCACCCAUCAAUGGUUCGGAAAUCUCGUCAGCCCGAAAUGGUGGAAAUACAUUUGGCUGAACGAAGGAUUCGCGGACUAUUUCCAAUAUUUCAUCACUCAUGAGAUUCUACCCGAUUGGCGAUUAGACGAAGUAUUCGUUGUGGACAAUACGCAAGGGGUCGCUUUCGUUACGGAUGCGGGUAUAAACACACGACCCAUGAACGAGGACGCGACCACGCCCGCAGAAAUCAGCAAAUUGUUCGACAAUAUCGCGUAUCAGAAGUCUGGAGCGGUUAUUCGAAUGAUGUCGCACAUUUUGACCCCUGAUAAUUUCCAAAAGAGUUUGACCAAUUACCUGAAAAAAAUGUACCACAAAAAUGCCGACUCGUCGGAUCUUUUCGAAUGUUUCAACGAAAACUGGGAGAAAAAUGUAACAACGUUCGAAAAACUUAUGGACGAGUGGGUGAACAAGCCAGGAUAUCCGGUGGUGAACGUUAUAAGGAAAGAGAAUAACUAUGAGAUAUCACAAAAACGAUUUUUAUUGUACGGAAAUGAAAACAGCACGACGAAAUGGUGGGUGCCCCUCACUUAUUUCCGUUUGUCCGAUAUUAACAAUAAUACAUUGCCAGAAUUAUGGUUGAGACCGAAUGAUGCAUACGUGCAAGUCAAAGUUGAAGAAGGCGAUGGAAUUAUUUUCAACACGUUGCAGACAGGUUAUUAUCGCGUGAAUUACGACGAGGAGAACUGGAAAUUGUUAAAAAAUUACUUGUACUCGUUCAAUUAUACCAAUUUGAGCCCCGUAACGCGCGCACAAUUAAUGGACGAUGCUUUAAAUUUGGCACGCGUCAACCAACUCUCUUACGACAUCACGUUAAAUCUCACGAUGUACCUUCGCAAAGAAGUGGAUUAUAUUCCUUGGCAAACAAUAUUUAGGAAUUUCAACUUCUUGAAUACCAUGUUACGAACCUCCGAACAUUAUCAUUUGUUCAACUCUUAUAUUACCUGGCUAAUGAGAUCUUUGGUGGAAAAAGUGGAUUACAAACCUAAGUCGAACGACGAUCAUCUUACCAAGAUUCUUAGGCCGACCAUAAUGCAUUGGGGCUGCAGAGCUGGCGCUGAAAGUUGUUUGAAUUACGUCAAUAAUGAAUUUAAAGAAUGGUUGAGCGAUCCUAAGAAAAAACUCGACGCCAAUUUGAAGAACAAUAUUCUCUGCGCCGCUCUGAGAGAUUCAGACGCGGGGACAUGGAACAGUACUUGGAACGUUGUGAAAAAUAUAACGGAUGAAGAUGAAAGGAACACUUUAUCACCGAUCUUGGCUUGUUCGAGCUCGUCCGAAAUUUUGGAGAAAUAUCUAUUGAAAACCCUUGAGAAUAAUUCCUCGGUGUCUUUCUCGACAGCGUAUCGAAACGUUAUAAACGAACAUCCGGCGGGUGUCGAUAUCGUUUUGAACAUACUCUAUAACAAAUACGUGACACUAGACAAAACCGAACAUAAUAUCAAAUCGUAUUUGGAUGUAAUCGCGAACAGCAUUACGACCACCGAACAACUUGGAAAGUUAACGUCCCUUAUCUCCAGGGAAGGAUUGCAAUCGGAUAUUUUUAAUAUCACGCUUAAGGCGAGCAGUAACAUAAAUUGGGUCGAACACAACAGAAAAUUCAUCGAAGAAUGGCUGCACAAGCAAGAUUUUUCAUCCGGUAACAGUUUGGUAGCGUUCGGUUCGAUGAUUAUAUUGUCAAUAUUUAUUACUCGAUUUUAUUAAGUGUGUCGAGAACCAACUCGUUGCGAGCGAACGAUGAGAAUAAAAAUGCGAUCAAGUAUUGAAAUAAAUUUACGAUGAUCUUCUUGUACAGUAUACGUUAAUACAAUCACGACAUGUUGGACAAUGUUGUUCAGAAUGACAAGAUUCGUAAGAAUUUGAAAAUAUCUUUCGAUAUAACGCGGUUAUUUAAA